CUAUGGCGAUGCCUUUUGUGUGUGUGUGUGUGUGUGUGUUCUGCCCUUGGCAGCAAUUUUCACCUGUCCGCGAUGCAAUAUUAAAGCCACCAGUUCGAAGUGUGUGCGAGUUUUAGUAUGUGAGUGUGUGGUAGCAGAGGACCAGAUCGAUACUAAGUUUAUCUCAGUGACUAAACCCACCGCCAAUUGAACUGGCAAGCAAACGUUCUGCAUUCACGGAUCCGACGUCUGCUUUUGUCAACGUUGUCGCCAUCAUUAUUGCAGCAGAAUUGUGUUUGAUGUUGAGAGUUGUCUCCCUUGCAAUAGCAGAAAGUUUGUGUGUGUUGUUUCUUUUUCGAGUUUUGCAUUAUUGAUUGUUUCCAAGUGAUCUCCCUUUUUUAUAUUUAUCUUCAAAUUUUAUUUCGGCACGCGCGCGAUUCUUACGGACUUGUACGUGCGCAUAAAAAUGGAUUGAUUUAAAUAUGCAUUGCAUUUAGACGACGUCUGUUGGUAGAUGUCUAGAUCUCGUUUUCAAAAUACAGUUAAAGGAUGUGGAAAUAUUUUGUGUGUGUCUCGAGUUAUUUGGACAUCUUGGAAUAGUUUGAAGUUUCGUUUGUGUAUUUUGUUUUCUCACGUGAGCUUCGUCUGGAGUUAUCCCCCGCAAAGCCGCUCUGACCAACGGAUCAAAAGGUUAGCCAAAUGAUUUGACGCUGUGACGCGAUUUUUAUAAACUCUGCAGCUUGUGUCUGGCGUUAGGAUUCAUCGUUUAACUAAGUGACACUGAGGGCAAUGACAUUUUCUUUAAAAAAAAAAUACACAAAACUAUCGAGAUCAAAUCUUUAAUAAUGACAAAUCUGAAAGCCCGAGACUGUUUUUUGUGCAUUUCCACAGACGAGCGGAAGAAUGGAUCCGUUACCAUUGUUAUUAAUUUCGACAAUAUUCAUUUAUGAAAAAGAUCAAAUAGAUGAGGAUGAGCCCCGAACUGCGCCCGCUCGUUGCAAAGUGCUUAUAACAAACGACUGCACCACUUCUUGACAAUACGUAUUCUACUAACCUAGGAUACUUGUCGUUUGUGUUUUGUGAAAAUGACCAGAAGCUUCAACAACACAAAGAAAUCAGACGAGGACUUGAAUAAAAUCUGGAAUACUGUCUACGAAUUUGUCGAUUUGGCCAAACCGAUCAUGCCGUCACACAACGGGGACAACUCCGUCUGUCCCAAGAAAGAGAACGACUCGUGUCCAGCAGGACAGUUCCACGCCCCAUGUGAUCCACCAGAUGACAACAAAUACCAAUGCCGGCCGUGUACUGACAGUACGUUUCAACCCAACGAGAACUGGAAAAAUGACAGAUGCCGACUCAAGAGAAGGUGCAACAAGCCCCACAUGAAGUACGCUGACAUGGGCGACACCAAGAGAGACGCCUCGUGCAUGUGUGACGACGGGUACCACUUCCCCAAUGAGGAUCAAAGGGCUUGUGUGCCUAACGUGGAGUGUCAAAAGGGCACGGCCCCUGGAUUAUAUGGAGAUUGUGAGCCGUGUCUAAGCAAAGGGAUGUUCUCUGACACCAUUGGCAGGGCUAAGAAGUGCAAGCCUAUAACCAACUGUGAGAAACAGAACAGAUGUACUUUAGUCCCAAGUAAUGGGGAACAAGACAAUGUGUGUGGACCAGAAGUUAAAAACCUUAGUACUUGUGAAGAGUUGCACCCUCCAUCAAGAUCUUCCACUGACAUCCUUCAGUAUGCCAUCAUUGGCGGCAUUAUCUUCAUCUUACUCCUGGUAGUGACAUUACUGUUGUUCUUUAUCUGCCGGCGGAAAAGUCUUAGGCGGCACAACAAUCUGAGAGCCCUGACUGAGUCAGAGAUGGAGCAGCUGCGUCAGAGAGUCAUUAAAGAAAGUGAAAAAGAGCAGGUGUUUUGUAGAAAAGUUUUGACCACAUCAUUUAGUUUUAUUGAGGAAAGGAUAGACAGACAAAUCUGGACUCUUGCUCAAGAAUUAUUUAGGACUCAUCCCAAGCCUGGACAUUUUGAACAUAUUGUAGAAAAGUAUAAAGAUAGCCAAGCAAAGUAUACUGUGAAUGGCUACCUACAAGACUGGAAGCAGUGGAAGGGGGAUAACAAAGACACUGUUGCAGAGCUUUUUAGAGGUCUUCGUCAGGUCAAAAGAGAUGACAUAGCCAAUGAGAUUUGCAUGUGUCUGCGUAGUGACGUUAAUUAUAAUGUUGAUGGUGAUUUUCAGACUGGAUACCAAAGACAAUCUCUAAAAGAUGACUGUGUCUACAUAUUUUUCCCUUGUUUCUACCAAGCCAACGAGAAAUCACCUCCCGUCCCAAUGGGUGGUGUUGUUGUUGUGGAAAAUGACAACGGAGAGGCAGGAACAAAACUUCUGGCCAUAGCCACAGAUGAUUUGGAAGAUGGUGCUGAUGAUGGGGCUGGGGACAAACCCCCUGGAACAUUCUAUAGCCCCCAGCUCUCUCCGAGCGCUCCAACUUUAGAAGACUCUACUGUUUACCCUGAGGUGAAGUUCAGCCGCCAGUGGUCACAACCUGUACAGGCCACAUCAUGAGACUUCAGUAUGUAAUCCAGUUAAUACAAAAUGACUGCCAGGCAACAUUACAGGGUGAAGGGCUUGUACUUUCCGAUGAGCUCACAUAUUUUUUGACCAAUAAAAAUAGAGGAUUAAGACAACAACAAAUGGCAUACUUCGUUGCUGCUGGACAAAAAUGAAUAUGCUUUGGGCAUUGGAUUUAGAAGAAAUACCUUAUUUCAUAUGCAGACCUGAAUGGAUAUAUUAAUGUGUACUGCAUGCAGCUUGUAGCAAUAUUUAAUGAUAGUUCAAUAACAGUAACAAUGGCUAAUUACAAAAAUAUAUGUAGGUAUUUUUUUUGUUUCUUAUCUUUUUUGUUUUGACAUCUAUUUGAAUGAAGGAUUCCUUUGCAACUCUUUUGAAAAGGAAAAUUUUUGAUAAUUAAUUUGGAAUUGUUUUACAGCAUAUAAAGAUUUCAUCAAAUGGUAGAUGACAAUAAAUGUGUUGAAUAAAAUUAUAUAGAACCAGGUCACAAAUGUAAUUUUUUUUUUUUAUUAAGUGACUCUUGUCAGUAAAA